UGCACACACACACACACACACAGAGGGAGGGAGGUAGAUAACUCUGUGAUUCCACUGCUGAAUUUUUAACGCUGUUGUGGAACUUUUUUUUUUUUUUUUUCCAGGCAGGUUACUGUAGCAGGGUACUGUUACAGCGACAGAGGCAGAGAGAGGAGACAAGGUUCACUUGUGUUCUGUUGUUGACUGAGGCUGAAGAGAGACAGACACACAGACUGUUCAUGGGCUUCACGGUCCAUCCCAUCCUAACAUCCUGAUGUCCUGACCUGUGGUAGCAACAUGACCCUCAACACUCAGAGAGAGAAAGAGCCGCUGAGGAGACGAGGCAGCACACCGAUUCAUCCUGGCCGAUUCUCUCAGCAUCCGUCUCUGACUCGAGACCCUCGGCUGCCCAGUCACCCUCCUCUUGGACAGUCGGCGUCCUACCACCCUGGAGACAAGUCCCUCCACUACCGCGCCCACUGGAGUUCAGACUCGGAAGACGACUCGCAGAGCGACUCGGACUGCGUUUACAGAGUCGUGUUGCUCGGCGACCACGGUGUCGGAAAGACCAGCCUGGCAGGAAUCUUUGCUGGGAUCACGGACAAAGAUGAACAAAGUGGAGGCAGCCAUGUUGUCACUGAGAAGACAACAUAUGAGCGGGCACUGACUGUAGACGGAGAAGAAACCACGUUGAUUGUCAUGGACACCUGGGAGAAUGACAAACCGGAGGGAGAGGAGGACAGGUCCUCUCAGGACGACUGUUUGAAAGUGGGAAGUGCUUAUGUCAUCGUCUACUCCGUCACUGACCGCUCCACCUUUGAGUCCGCUGCUGAACUCCGCAUCACACUGCGACGCAUCCGUCAGGCCGAGAACAUUCCCAUCAUUCUUGUGGGCAACAAGAGUGACCUGGUCCGGUCCAGAGAAGUCGCUAUAGAAGAGGGCCGAGCAUGUGCGGUGGUGUUUGACUGUAAGUUCAUCGAAACAUCUGCGUCUCUGCAACACAAUGUGACAGAGCUCUUUGAAGGCGUGGUCCGACAGAUCCGCCUCCGUCAGGACGGCAGUGAGGCUGUUCUGCGGCGACGCUCCACCUACAAACGUAAAGAGAGCCUUACCCAGAAGGCUCGGCGAUUCCUGGACCGACUGGUGGCACGCAAGAACCAACGCAUGGCGGUCAAGGUGCGAUCCAAGAGCUGUCACGACUUGGCCGUCCUCUGAAGACAUCCAAUUGGACUUGUUUGUCCUGGACUUUGGUGUUUGGAGUCACUGGUUUUGAUAUCAUGGACUUGGUGAUGUCGAAGACAUUUUUUUAGUGUCACGGCUCGAUGCUAACUUAGAGUUUAAUGUGUCUGAUUUGGUUUGAAUUGAUACCUGGCAGUAGAGAGACGACUGAGCAACGAUGCAACCUAACAAUCAGUAAUGGAUAGAGUCGGCUCAUAUUAACAUUCUCACUGUGAUUAGAGCCACCGAUAUUCCUGUUUGACCAUUUGGUCUAAACAUUUUUCUACUGUUUUCCUCCAGGUGACAUCAAGACAACCAUGCAGGAUUGUCACUGUAUGGUUCAUGAUUAGAUGAGUGCUUGUUUGAUUCUCCUUGAUGGAAUUUAUUGCCCUUUAGCGAUUCUCCCCUGACUUUUUACUGUUUGAAUAAAGUCAUAAAGAAAACUGUCAUCUAAAUAAUGUUUUCACUACAUACUGUAAAUGGUUUCUUUUUUUUUUCCUCCCUUAAUAAUUGACCAAUUAUAGCCAAGAACCCGUCAUGGGGAAGAGCACAGUUGCAGUGUUUAUGGAUCUGCAAUAACAAAGGCAAAAGUGUGGAGGGAAACGUGCUCUGUUUAUUUUCUCUAAUGUAAACGGCUAACAUUUGCAUGUCUCUCUCUAGCUGUGGGCGACUGGACUUGCUUGAGUUAAGUUGAAUAUGUUUCACCUUUUACUACCUUAUUAAGAACAGUAGUAACCUAACAUUCCAAAAUAAAAAUUGAGGGUUCAAGCUGUGUCUCAGUUCAGAGGUUGCUCACUACAGAGGGUGCAACUGGAGACUAGGGAUGCUGCUGCUUGACUCGUCGCUAAGUAGCAGUGUGUCAAACAGUCCUGCAAAUGAAUUGCAUGCUGUGUGGCCAAAUGUUUCUGCAUUUUGGACGAAAUGGAAACUUUACAAGUGUUGCAAGUGACUGUCUUGUCAUGUUUUCGCGAGAAAUAUAACUGCACUUUAGAGCGCUUCUGCCUCAGCUCCAUGUUUGCUGCGUUCUGAACCAAAACAAUGCAGCGCGUGUGUGACGCCAUAACGCAUUUGUAGCGAGGAAUCGAUUCACUGCCCACCGGUUAUAAAGAAGAACCGGUUCUCGAUUCCCAUCCCUACUGGACACUGACUGAGUCAUAAAUGAAAUGAAAUGAUAUGGCCAUUAAUGACAAAAUGUCCAACCAACACACUUUAAAUAUAAGUCUGUUUAUUUGUGACAUGUCCAGCUGUAGCUCUGUUACAGUGGUAACAUCAUAGGUCAAUCACCCCAUAGACCAGACCUUGUCAUUUUGGUUCAGCCUCCAUGGAUAAGACCACGCCCUCUAAAGGUUGCAGCCCCUGAAUUGAGACACAGCUAGGAUUCAGGCACAUUCAGGAUUGAAAUAGUCUAGAUUUCAAAAAGUUACUAAGAAUUUCGGCGAUACAUGUUAUCAUCAUCAAAUUUGUCAUGAUAUGUCAUUUAUUUUCUAUCAUUUAACUAUCUUCAUUUAACUUUCUUUUUAUUGUGUCUGUUUUUGUUAGUUGUAUCCGUGUGGUUUACCCAGAUUUGCCUCCUUUGUGCUCACUUGAUUACUUUAUCUGUUUUGUUUUUUUAUUUGUUGGACUUUAUGUUAAUUGUUAAAUUUAUGUUAUGUAAAUUUCAUCUAGUUGUAAUUUCCUGUCUGCAGGAGCGGCAGCGGAUCAAACCUCUGUGAUCCACUUCACAUAAACACUCUCAGGUCGUCGUAUCAA